GAGUAAGUGGCUACUUAGUAAGAAAACAAAGACGGGCGUCUGUUAUUCUACGGCUGCGGUAGACGACGGUUUGACGAUGGAGCGUCUGUACUGCUCAUGUGGGUGCAGUAGGGCACAAAGGGAACUUCCCUGUCACUGACCUCUAUUUAAAAGAGCUUGUUGUGGAUGCGCCGAGGUUUUUUUUUUAUUCCUCGCGAAUUUUCUACAGGAAUCAUUAAGAUCCACAGGUCUUUAUAUUCACGCGCAUCACCACGGAACGGCGGCGUCCGCUUCUAGUAAAACACGUUUACGGAUGACUGCUCCCCGGAAGACUCAAUCUAGGACGCCGCCCUGUUGUUAGAUCUCCCAGUAUGUCAACAGACAUGAGGCUCGUGCUGCAUUUGCUAUUGCUCUUCAUCCUUGCUGUUCAGGAGGUCAGGCUGGUGUGUGUGGACGUGGCUUCAGACACAGAUGCCACCGUAGGCAGUGCUAUGAAAUUAACCUGCAUCUACUGCAUGAAACGAGAGGAGAUCUCUGCCGAGACCAAAGUGGACUGGUUCUACACCGGUUCUGCAUCAGAUUACAGAAGAAUGCUUAUCUAUCAGUACAACCGUGAGCCGCAGGAGCCAAAGAACACAGAAAUGUAUUGGAAGGGCCGUCUGAUGUGGAUUGGCAGCAAGGACCUGCAGGACAUCUCCAUUAGCAUCAAAAAUGUCACCGCAAAUGACUCUGGCACGUACGAAUGUGAGGUGUCACGCUUCUUUGCGUUCGAUUCUUUCAAGCAUUCCACCACCAAGACGAUCACAAUUGAACUGAAGGUAAAAAUGCAAGCCUACUUAUUGGAAGGCAGGAAGUUGUUUUCAGGGCUUUAUCUAAGCAGCCACUUACCUCUCUAUCUGUUGUAAGGGGUAAUGUAAAGAUUCUGGUUUGUAUGCUAUUCUCUGGAUGCCUGAGAUUGCUGAAUGCGGAGUACUUCCUCUCACUUCAAUCGAAUAUACUUUACCUAAUGUAUAUUUGUCUAUAUUUAAUCAUGCAACCGCAAUGCAUCAUCUCUAUCUGCGAGUGUCUCGGUUCGCAGAUAGAAAUAGACAAUGUUGUAUUUAAGUGGUGGGUUUAGAGGAUAUUUUGAAUUGCAAGUAGCCUUCCAGAACCACAAACUUACAGUACAACUCUGCUUUUACAUUCAGUGCCAUUUAGAUCUGUUCACUGCAGUGCAUAAGACAUUUGUAAAGAUACUCUUUAUAAUGCGAUCACUGGUCCUUUUUGACAAUUGUACAAUAUUUUGUAGCACUUGUUUUGCAUAGCACUAAAAUGUCACAUGCGCUGCACUAUCAUUUAUGAAUACAGAGGUUCUCACCUUUUAAAACCCAUUUUUGAAUGCCGUUGAUAAAUUAUUCAUGUAAUCAGAUCAGUGUGGGCGGGCUUCUGCUCUAAAGGGUGAAGCUGAGAACCUCUGACCACGCAGUCAUUUUGUGUUCAUUUUUAAAAGACAACUUUUACCUGUCUUAUAGUAUGACAUACAAAGUCUCAUUGUCUUUGAAGGGACAGCUGAUUUGAAGCAUCUCAGCAUGUUUGUUUCAUUGUGUGGUUUUGUGUUUGCAUGCAAAUGAUUUCUUUUAAGGGACAGGCAGAAAAAUAAAAUGUAUCAAUUUCUGUCUAAUGAACAGAACUUUAAAAGGAUAAUUCACCCCAAAAUGUUUACUUCCCAAACCUGCAUUAAUGACUUUCUUCUGCAGAACACAAAAUCAAAUAGUUGUGGUUCCCAUUUACUUUAGUUAUAUUAUUGCAAUAGAAGUCAAUGAGAACCAACACUGAACACCCUUCAAAAUAAAUUAUUUGUAAUGUUUCAAAAAAGAUUCCAUUUCCAUUUUUGGUCAAACUACCCCCUUAAAUUAAAAUGUUUUUUUCUUUUAUAUUACUAUUAUUAUUAUUAUAUAUUUUAUUUACAUUUUCUUACCAGUAGUUGAUUCAUUUGGAUUUUCUGCAGAUCUUCUGUGCAUGCAAUGCUUUUGUUCACAUAACAAAAAAUAAAGUGGUUAAAAUUGUAAUAUCAUUGUAAUAUCGCUGAGGUGACUUACAGAUGCAAUUGGUUAGUUUUCUGGUGACCUGAAAUAGCUUUAAUGACUCUUCUAAUGCAUUACAGCAGAUCAGCUAUAUUUUGACUUGCCCACUCAUGCAUUUUGCACCUUUGUCCUCAUUUUCAGUACACUUGAGACUGUCUGAGUCACUUUCUGGAUGAAUUCAUCACAGACAUCCUUAGUGGCAUCGUAUCAGUCCAACAGACCUCCUCUGAUUGCUCAAUUAAUUGCACAAAAUUCCCUCUGAUUGCAUAUUUUCUUUUUCUCAGGGAGUGUAGACACCACAGCGCUGUACUCAGAGAUCAUGAUGUAUGUACUGCUGGUUUUUCUCACAUUUUGGUUGCUGGUGGAAAUGAUCUACUGCUACAGGAAGAUCUCCAAAUCUGAGGAACUGGCUCAGGACCCCGC